GUCGAUUGCUCAAUGCAGCAUCAACAAAUAACCCACAGUGGUGAUAGUGACUCGAUCAAAGUGUUUGUGCGGGUGAGACCUCUGACCCAGGGGACUGGCCUGACCACUGAUGGAGACCAAGGCCUCUGUCUCACAGUCACCUCUCCCAACACCAUUCGCCUGCACUCCAAGCCGGAGCCACGGACAUUCACCUAUGACCAUGUUGCUGACAUGGACAUCACUCAGGAUUCUGUAUUCUCCAGUGUGGCCAAGAACAUUGUUGAGUCAUGUAUUAAUGGAUACAAUGGCACCAUUUUUGCCUACGGACAAACUGGCUCUGGAAAAACAUUCACAAUGCUUGGUCCGUCUGAUUUCGACAACUUUACUGAUGACCAACGGGGGGUUAUCCCUCGAAGUUUUGAGUACCUGUUUUUCCUUAUCAACAGGGAGGUAGAAAGGUCUGAGAAUGCCAAAAGCUUCUUGUGCAAAUGCUCCUUCAUUGAGAUCUACAACGAGCAGAUCUAUGACCUGCUGGACAGCGCCUCAGCCAGCCUGUUCCUCAGAGAGAACAUCAAGAAGGGGGUGUUUGUGGAAGGGGCUGUAGAGAAGUUUGUCACUUCAGCUGCUGAAGCUUACCAGGUGCUGUCGAUGGGCUGGCGUAAUCGGCGCGUGGCCUCUACCUCCAUGAACAGAGAGUCCUCACGGUCCCAUGCAGUCUUCACCAUGACUCUGGAGUCCAAGGAGACUGCUAAGGAGGUGGUGAACAUUCGCACAUCCCAGCUGAACUUGGUGGACCUGGCAGGGUCAGAGAGGCAGAGAGACACACACACAGAGGGUUCCAGACUCAAGGAAGCCAGCAGCAUCAACCGCUCCCUCAUGUGCCUGGGUCAGGUGAUCAUGGCGCUGGUGGAUGUGUCCAAUGGGAAGAGCCGGCAUAUCUGCUACAGGGACUCCAAACUCACCUUCUUGCUUCGGGACUCUCUUGGAGGAAAUGCUAAGACCUACAUUAUAGCCAAUGUGCACCCAGGCUCUAAGUGCUUUGGGGAAACUCUAUCCACCUUACAGUUUGCCCAGAGAGCCAAGUUGAUCAAAAACAAGGCCAUGAUCAAUGAAGACACGCAGGGGAAUGUGAGGCAGCUUCAGACUGAGGUGAAAAAGCUGAAGGAGCAGCUAGCUCAGGCUCUCUCUGCCCAGACACACAUGUUAUUGUCUUUACACAUUCUUCCCCCAGACCUCACUGAAGGUGGUCUUGAUGCCUCAUACAAGACACAGUUUUUAGAAGCUGUGCGUCUGUGGAAAAAGUGUGAAAACGACAAGCAGAUGCUGCUCCAGAAGGUGUCUCAGCUUGAGGAGGCCUGGUCCCAGAAGGAGAAGUUUAUUCACUCCAACCGCAUGAUUCUCAAGUUUAGAGAGGAACACAUCUCUCGCCUAGAGAAGAGCCUAAAGGGUGGCCAGGGAUUACUUUCUGACCCACAGAGCCAAGCCCUCGUCGACCAGCUCAAGGAGGAGAUCAAGAUCCUUCGAGACCAGAUUGCGCAUCACCCAAAGAUGACCCGGUAUGCAGCAGAGAACUACAGCCUCCGGGAGGAGAACCGGCAGCUCCGCUCUCUUGAGUCUGUGAGUAGAGCUGAGGGGGCUGCAGGCCAAGCUGCUGCAGAGCUAGAGGAGGAAUUCCAGAGGGCUCUGGAGACUGAGUGGUCUGAUGGAGCUCAGCCGUCUUACUCCACUCCGGUAACUGCAGAAAACAUCUCUGCCAUAUCCAUGGCGAGGCUGAAGGCCCAGUUUCUCCAGAAACAGACAGAACUCACAGCCACCAUCCAAGCCUUCGAAGAGUAUAAGGAACUCACCAAGAAACAGAUGUCAGAGUUGGAAUCAGAGAAGAGGUACCUGGAUAAGUCCAACAAGCACCUGGAGAACAUUCUGGAGGCCACAAAGGCUCACAAGAAACUGGAGGUUUCUCAGCUGAACAAGAUCCACUUUGAAACUAUCAAGAUUCUCACCACCCCCACCAAGGCCUACAACCUGCGGACCCGCCUGGUGCCACUCUCCAGCCCCGACCAUCUGAAUGUGAACGGGAGAGGAGAUGACGACGUGGAUGACAUCCAGAGUGAGCAGCCUCCACCAGCUAUGACUGAGAUGGCUUGUGAGGCGCUGACUGAGGAGCUGCAACAGGUCCAGGAGCAAGCCAGUCAGGUGCAGACUCUGCUGGACCAGGAGGAGCUGAAGAGCAGGAAGCUGCUGCAGCAGAUUGUCAAGCUGGAGGAGCAGGUGACUGGGAUGAUAGAGGAGUUCAGCUGCAAGGAUGAGCUGCUCUCCACUGAGCGAAGUGGCUGGAACAGAGAACAGCUGAGCCUGCAGGAGACUAUCAGCAACCUGGAGCUGAACCUAAAGGCAGAGAGAAGCACCAGGGAGGUUCUGAAGAGCGAGGUGCAUGACCUGCGCCUGGUGCUUCAGUCCUCUGAUAGGGAGCUGGCUGCUGUGAAGAAGGAGCUGUGUGAGGGCCAGAGUGAGCAGCAUAAGGAGACGGCACACCUCUCUAGCAGCCUGAUCAGCACUCAGCUACAGCUCCAAGAAGUCCAGCGGGAGUGGGAGCAGCUCCUAGAGCAGCAGCGGUCCCUGCAGGAUGCCUUGGACCAGCUCCAGGCAGAGGCCAAGUUUGAUGCAGACCAGUCCAGGCAGCAGCUAGAGGAGAAACGGCAGGAGGUCACAGCUCAGCAGGCCCAAAUCACGGAAUUGACAAACGCUCUGCAGUCUGAAAGAGAACACACCAGUAAUCUGACCUCCCAGUUGAAAGAGGAUAAAGAGAGCACUUUAGAAGAGCUUGUUCAGACAAUGGAGCAGAAUGCAGUGCUAAGGAAGAAAGUGUCUGAGCUGACUACACAAAGCCGACAACAGGCUUCUAAUAUGGAAAGCCUUGAACAAAAUCUGACAACUGCCAAUGGGACCAUAACCAGUCUUGAGCAAAAGAUUGAACAAGACAAAGAGUUUGUGCUGGAGCUGAUCAACCAGACCAGGGACCUCCGCAGUGAGCUGGGCGAAAAGGACCAGUGCCUCGCCAUGCUGUCUGGAGAUGUCAAGGACCUCACGGUUAAGUACAGUGCUGCUUGCUCUGAGAGAGAGGAGAUCAAGGAACACAACAACAGGAUGCAAGCAGAGCUCCAGGACCUGAGAGAAGCAGCCGAAAGGAAGGUAGCUUCUAAUCUGAUAGAGGUAGAGGUGCUUCAGGAGGAGGUGGUCUAUGCCACUGAGGAGGUGGAGCGACUCACCAAGGUGUUAGACGAGCAGGCAGGUCUUCUCCAAGCUUCACAGGAUCAGACUGCUCAGAAGGAGGCUAUCAUCCAAACUCUCCAGGAGAAGUUAAAACAACAGCAAGAAGCGGUUGAGAGGACUGUCCGAGGCGAGAGUGCCAAUCGUAUUCCACAGUCAUCCGUCACCCCUAAAGUGCUGCCACAGACACCUCACAACCCCCGGAGCUUCAACACUGAUCUGAGCCAGGUGCUGGAGUGCCAGGAGAGGGAGCUGGAGAACCGACGCUCCUCCAUGUUGACUAUGGAAGUGCUCCUCACUGAGCUCAACUCUGAAAGGGCCGCCAAGAACGAGGAGAUCCAGAGGCUCAAGGGUCAGCUGAAUGAGAAGGAAAUAAUGCGAAUGGAGAUCCAAGUUCUUCUUGACCAGUUCUACACCAAGCAGAACCAACUGGCUCAGAAUGAAAACACAAAUUGUGAUGUUUUAAAUGAGGCCAUUAGUCAGAAUGUCUUGAGGGAGCUGCAGGAGGAGAGGCAUGAAAAGAGCACAGUAAUACAGAGGCUCACUGAAGCUCGGGAAAGACUGCAGAGUCAGGAAUCCCUACUGGCCCAGUCUCAGACCUGUGUCCAGGAGCUGACUAACGAGCUGAGGAAUCGCUGCCUGGAGCUCAGAGAGCUGAGCCGUAAGGAGCACGACAAGGAGAGACUGCUUCAGGAAGUGGAGGUUCUUCGGAAGCAGGUUGACCACUUGUCUGAGGAGAACGGCAAGCUUGUGGGCCAUAAGAACCAUAAGCAGAGGAUUGAGUACCUGGUUAAGCUAAAAAAGGAGAAUACCAAACUUCAAGAGGAAAAUGAAAAACUCAGAUCGGAAAUGAGUGUGCGAGAAAAUGCAUGAAGCUUGGAGAGAUUCUCAUUGGCCACUCAACAUUUCUUGUUGACUGCGAACAUGUCCCCCAAACAUAACCUUUUCCCAUUUUGAGUUGACUGAUAACCAUGCUAUUGUAUCAUCACAUAGGAUAAACAUGACCUGUUUCAAAAACUGUGAUUCUCUCAAAUGUAUUUUAAUAUUUCUAUAUGAAUAUACUCCUAUUUCUAAGGCUGGGCUGGCCAAUACAUUGUGUUUAUUUUUACUGCAAUAUGUAUAAUUGAGGUAGGUAUGCAUCUCAUUGGAUCUUAGUAUCCCAUGAUAUUUCCACUAUACCUCUGCAGGCUAAAACAUAGGCUACUUGUUCUCACCUGAAGCCAGUGUAGCCCCCUAGGCCACAUUUAAAUGAAGGCCAUGCCACAGCGUCAUCUGCAUUCAUAUCUCGUUUAUAUGAUAUCAUCCUUUGUAUUGUAAUUCUUUUGAUAUACAUUUUGGUCUAUAUCGCCCAGCCCUAGUGUUUACCACAGUGGCUACCAGAGAUGCCACAAUAGGGUAGUCACAUUGUUUAACAACUGAUCUGCUGGAUUAAAUAUAUUUCAAAACUGUAAAUAGAUGUUCUCUGUAGUAGAAUAAUAAGUAAUACGGGUGAAUUUGCUAUUUUGUCCACUUGAUCAUAAACGAAAUAUAGAAUUUGUUUUUGUUACCAUUAUCUUGUCUGUUGGCGCAAUGUGUGUCUUGUUUUACUUUUUCUACUAGUCUCAUCUAUGGCUUUAGAAUAAGUGACAGGAUCAUGUCUUUGGACAGGGUGCAAAUAAUUUCCUGUUACUUUAUGCUAA